AUGGGUUACGCCCUUUCAAGAUUUGUGGACGAACAACUUGAUAUACCGCCUAAUUCUUCACGUUCUGAUUCUGAUUUGAGUUCCGAUUUUCAUGGUCAUGACAAUGGUCAUCUUCAUGGCAGAGGACCAAUGCCAAUUCCGCCGUAUGAUCAACCUGUAAUGCCAUAUCAGCAGCAGCCUCGUCCUUGGGAAUUAACUGACCCGUAUGUGUUGCAAUAUAGACCUCCUCCUCCUUUUUGGGGGAUCAUGUAUCAAGAGAAUUUUGUUUCUAAUUACAAUAAUAAAUAUAGUUAUAAUAAUAAUGGGGGCAACCCGGUUUCAAAAAAUCAGUAUGCUUAUUAUCUGAAAAAAACUGCCUCAGCUACCCGUACUACUGUGAUUCAACCGGAGGAAACAAGGGGAUGGGUUGAGGAUGCAUAUGAUAAUACGGAAUACAUGUUUAAAUAUGGGUAUGAUGAUGAUGAUGAGUCGUCAUUGGGUACUAGUAGUCCAUAUUCCAGAAUGCGGGAGGAGGGGUUUCCUGAGUGGGAAGAAGAACUAACAGAAACCGAGUCUCAUACAUGUAGUACAAGGAGAAUAAUUUUAUGUGAUGAACACAAUGAAGGCAAUUCUAGUUCUUCAUGGAGUAGUUUUUCAAAAAGAAUACCAACUUAUGGGAAAAGACAACGUAGCAUGGAUGAUGAGGGUAAAAAACCGAAAACUUUUGAUAUAGAUGAUGUGGGGUACUCAACAACACAAAAGAUUGAUGAAUCCUCUAUGCCAUUUGCUCAUGCGGCUUCUCGGGAUCUUCAUGAGGUAUUUAAUGAAAUCAAGGAUGAAUUCGAGGCUGCUUUUAGUUACGGGGAACAGGUUGCCUUGAUGCUUGAAGCUGGCAAGCUGCCUUACCAAUCAAAGUCUCAUGUUCUUAAGGUGAUGUUAUCCAAGAUUCUCUAUCCUUCCUCGACAUUUUCAAGCUCUAGGUCUCGAGUUACAAAGCUUGCAGGAUCCUAUGAUGUGUAUGAUGUCCCGGACAAUAGAUCCCUUAACCCUUCUUCUACUUUGGAGAAGCUAUAUAUGUGGGAGAAGAAGUUAUACCAGGAAGUAAAGGAUGGAGAGAGGUUAAGAGUGAAGUACCAAAGAAUGUUCAGGAGGUUGACUGAAUUGGAACCAUGCAGAGCAAAUUCUAGUAGAAUCGAUGCUGCACGGGCUUCUAUAGACAGGUUGAUUACUAAACUUGAUAUAUCUAUGAAAGAUAUUGAUGCCAUAUCUAGCGAGAUACACAAAGUGAGGGACAUGGAACUGGAGCCACAAGUCAGUGAGCUGAUCUACGGACUGAUAAGAAUGUGGCAAUCAGUUGUGAAAUGUCACCAAAAGCAGCUUGAAGCCAUCAUGGAGAGCAGAAGUUGGACUUUAAGGGCUAAUACCAACAUGGAAAGAGAUUCAAGCUUGAGAACCACACUUGAGCUCGAAACAGGACUUGUAACUUGGGCCCAGCACCUUAAUAACUGGAUUAAUGCUCAGAAAUCAUUUGUGGAUUCCUUAAACGGGUGGUUACUACAAUGCAUUGAUAAUGAACCCGAAAUAACCAUUGAUGGUGGUGAGGUUCCUUAUUCCCCGGAUUGGUUAGGAGCUCCUCCAAUUUUCAUCAUUUGCAACGAUUGGCAGUGGGAAAUCAAUGGUGUUUCACAAGAACAAGUCUCCAUAGCGAUGAAUAACUUUGCUAUGAUCUUAAGGCAAUUGCUGGAGAGACAAGUGGAUCUGGAUUCUAAAAAAGCUAUGAGGUUAGUUAAAAAUGUUGGUUCAGAUAGUUUACAAGGUGGUCUAAUUCCUAUUUUCAAGGCGCUAGAGAAUUUUUGCCAUGACAUUUUAAAAGCUCAUAAGCACGUAAAAGUGUAA